CUGAAUCUGAAACUGACCUAUCCUUGCACACCCGGAAUGUCCGAGUAUCACGCUACAGCAUGGGAAAGACUAGGCAAACUCGAAAGUUUGCAGCAAUGAAGCGAAUGAUAUCACUGACGGAUUCACGAAUGUAACACACAAAUUUGGUUCAAAACAUCGGUUUUAGAAAGAAAAAAGACCGGGCCAAAAAAGUCACACCCUUCAAGCAAGAUACUUCACAUCACAUGUCGGUAAAACACAAUCCAGAGGUGUUUCCGUGUCUUAAGGAUUCCUAUAAUGAAGCCCUAGGACCGCCUUACCACAUACUUUUGGAUACCAAUUAUGUCAAUUUUUCCAUCAAGAACCGACUAGACCUUUUCAAGUCAUCAAUGGACUGUUUACUAGCAAAGUGCUUCUUGUAUGUCACAGAUUGUGUCAUGGGAGAAAUAGAGAAGAUGUCGGAGAGAUAUCGGGUGGCUUUAAAAAUUCUUCGUGAUGAGAGGAUUCAAAGGUUGACUUGCCAACAUAAGGGGACUUAUGCUGAUGAUUGUUUAGUUGAGCGCUGCAAAUCUCGUUGUUACAUCGUUGCUACUUGUGAUCGUGACCUGAGACGCCGUAUCAGGAAAAUAACUGGAGUACCUAUAAUGUAUAUACAUGGACAUCGCGUUGUAAUUGAGAAAAUGCCCAUGGCACUGGGAGCUCCAAAGCUGUAAAUAUUUCUUGUUAAAGCAUGAUAUUUAAAUAAAGUACUCUAUGCAAAUGUUCCUUUAUGAAGACUUGACUUGUAGUAUACAAAUGCCUAAAUACUAACUCAUUUCUGUGAUUCCUUCGUUUCGAAAUAAAAGCCGGACCACAAAAUAUUUAAUCAUAGAGACCUCACACAUAUCAAUGUGGCUUUUGUGGUGUCAAAUAAUUGUUCAUGAUCUACAUAUGGGUAGUGUCACGUUUCAAAUUUCAAAAUCUGUUCUGUUACUUUACUUUCUUUGUUGUAGAAUGUAAUAUUUAGUUUUAGUUCGAUAUUACGUGGGUUAUGUCUUCUGGUAGCAAUAAUAAAUUAUUGCUCAUUUGCACAGAAGUUUCUUCACUCUAACAAAAGUAAGCUGAGCCCGUAUUUGUAUCGAUGAUGACUAAAACUCAUUGCUUUACUUGUAAUUCUCUUCAUCAAAAUAUUCUGCUAACUUACUAUGGUCUAGUUUUCGUCCAUCCAAGAGUUUGGGACAUAUGUUUCUUCAGUAAAAUUGUGUUUCCUGCUUCAC